GGCUGCAACACUUGCUCGCCCAGUGCUUGCAAUGCCAGGUUCGACCGCCUGUGCAGCUGCAAUCAUACCACCAUUACCAUUACGAGCUUCGUUGAACGCCGAGCUGACCUUCACCAAUAGCUCCAAGGCCAAUCUUGUACCUAGCGAUCUCGCAACUUCUCUGAGCAUCGUCAUUCCUCGACUCACUCACCACUGAGCGGUUCAACUUCCAGACAUCCUCCCUUCCUCCAUCACUUCAGCGGCCCUCAGAGUUCCUCCAUCAUGUCUUCGAGCCGUGGACUUACCAUUGCUGGCCUAGCGGUGGCUGGCGGAGUUGGCUACUAUCUGUAUAAUGCUGGUGGCGACCCCAAAGUUGCUCAGAAGAAACUCGAAGCCGAUGCCUCCAAGCUCUCGUCCCAGAUAAAGAGUGAGAUUCCGGGGAAAGAAAAGGAAGCCGAGAAGAAAGGCGAAGCCCUCGCUUCUCAAGCAGGCCAGAAGUUUGACCAAGCUUCUGCUGACGCCAAAGCCAAACUCACCGAAGCCGAAGCAAAAGCCAGGGAAGUUAGUCAAAAGACAGGCAGUCAGAUCAACAGUGCAAUCGACAAGUUCGACAAGACCGUGGAAGAAAAGGCCGCAAAGGCAAAGAGUGGGAUAAGCAGCUGGUUCGGUGGCAGCAAGUAGGUCAAAAUGUUCUGAUGGUACUGGUGUUGGCGUCGGUGGAAUACCAUAUUUGUACAUUCCUGCCCGUCGGAUGCUUCGCAUUGAGAAAUCCUCAAAUUGGGAUUCCACCACUCUCAGUUGACGAAGUAUGACUCUAUCGGUCUAGUGAGCCUCCAUAAUGAUCUCAGUCACACAAACCAUGCUAUUUGGUUCUAUGAACAAGCUAUGAGCUGCUGUUCCCGAAACGUACUUCGGGAGAUGUGGAUAAUGUUGCCAGGCUCGAGUUACCCAAUUCUCCACGGGCUCAAGCGCACGAUAGUGUGCAAAGUCGGCACGUCCAACACACUAUGUGAGCUGGCCACAAGAGCAUUAGCGACUGGUGCUUCAGACUCUGCUGUGAAUCUUUGCCUGGCAUGGACAUCGCCUCAUUGUUUCCCACGGAAAAAG